UAAUCCUUGGGAGCUUACACAAUUCCGACUUCUCAUAAGAGGGUUUUACCAAUGCUCUGGAAUUCUCCCUGAACAAGUCCUCUCUCCUUGCAACCACCUGAGGAGAUAAACAGCCCCGCUGAGCUACUAAGAGGUGGAGAGGAACAAGCGGCUGGCCAUCCUAGUGCUAUGGGGUCUAAUUCGGGUAAAGGGUGCCUGCAGAGCCCUCCUGCAGUCCUCCACGAGAUUAGGCAAACCCAUUAUUAACGCCUCCCUCAGCCAGAGAACAUUCUCUCUCUCUUUCUUUCCUGCCUCCCUGCCUAACAACUAUCCCUUCUCUCUCCUACUUUCCCUCGUUAGUCCUCCAUUACCUCAAACUGUUUCCUUUAGUUUCCCUCUCACUUUCUCUCAGUAUUUCUUUCUCAGCUAUCUGUUCCUUCUCUUCCCCUCCUUGCCGGUUUCUUUAACCCUCAGACAAUCCAGUGAGUGUGAGGGACUUUGAGGGUCCGGGUGGCAACAUGUGGCUCGGGGGCCAUGCUUUCUCCACACUGCUGCUGCACCUGACUGUGCUGGGGACAGGGAGACUUAUGGGGGUGCAGACCCAGGGCAUGGGCCAGGAGCGAGGCUACCUGCAGGACAGCCUCAGGGUCUUGUCUCUACCCCCAGGGCCAGGGAGCCAGCCUCAGCUCCGCAGGAACCAGACAGGUGUCCUGCUCUCCACCCUCCUCGAGACGGUACGCUGUCCAGAACGGAUCAGUGGGUCACCGGAGCUUUGUGAGAAGUGCCUCUCUCCUGAUAUGGUCCUUUCUGUCCUGGUGGAUGAUGGGAAGGCGUACCUUGCCGAGGAGGACUACCUCAGAGUCUCCACAGCAUUGCUCUACUACAUCAUCAACUUGCAGGACCUCUGUAGUCCCAACACCGCUUCCUCCUCUUCGUCCUCCUCUUCAUCACUCUCUUAUGAGGACUACCGCCAGGCCCUCACCAACCUACACCCAACUGAGGACAGACACUUCCUCUCCUCUAAUGAGACAGAGAGUGUUCUUCAGCUCAUUAACCAGCACUAUCAAGGUCAUGCCCUGGAGACAACCACCUCCUCCCACUCACAGUGUGUAGACGCCACCAAUCUGAUGGAUGAGGUCGGGGUGACGGACAGCCGGGGUGCCGACCUGUCAGCUGUGCCCCGCCUUGCUGCAGCCAUCAUCAGUCACACCCUGCAGGGGCACUGCUUCAGCAGGAGGAACCUCCCUUCCCCUGCUUUCUUCACCGAGUACAUCUUCCAGUCCCUCAACCGCACCAGCAACCUGCAGAUCAUAGAUCUGGAAGAGCUGCUGCAUCAGCUGGGUGUUGGAGGAGCCUCUCACUCUCACAGCAGGGCCAGGCGGAGCGUCACAGGCACCGCCCAGAGAGUUUCAAGGCAUCAAUUGGAUGGUUGCGCCCAUGAACCUCUGGGCAUCAGCACAGACUGGGCCCAUGUGUGCUUCUCAGCCAAUGAACUGGUGGAUAUCUUUGCUCUGAAUCCUCGUUUACCCAUAUCCAGAGAUCACUUCAGACAACUGUGUCCUGCCAUAAUCCAGCAAUUGCUAGGCAACGCUUGUGAUCCCUCAGAGCUGAAGGCACGAGGAUCACCACCCAGCGCCAUUGAGAAGUAUGGCUACAGCACUGCUGCGGUCUUGCUCAUCACGGUGGGCUCCAUGCUAGGCAUCUGCCUGAUCUUCUUCAACUCCUGCCAGGAUACCUACGCCCUCAUCCUGCAGCUCUUCGUGGGCCUGGCAGUGGGCACUCUCUCAGGAGAUGCUCUGCUGCACCUCAUACCACAGAUCCUUGGCCUCCAUGAUGACAGUCACCAUGAUGAUCAUCACUUUACAGAGGGCAAGGAAUAUCUGUGGAAAAUUCUGGGGAUCAUUGCUGGCAUCUAUGGAUUUUUCCUCAUUGAAAGAGUCUUCUCCCUAGUGUUGCCUUCUCACAGCCAUGGCCACCAGGGUAUGGGCCAUUCCCACGACCUCCCCCUGGAGCUCAACUGCAACGGACAGUCACAGAGGGGCAAGUCCAUCUCCACCAUGCAGCUGGAAACUGUGGAAGACUUGGAGUGUACAGAGAUAACUUCUGAUGAGCCAGGCACAAGUACACCUAUGCAAAGACAGGGGGUUCCUCUGCUGGCUCUGAUGGUAAUCGUUGGAGACAGCCUCCAUAACUUUGCUGACGGUCUGGUGGUGGGUGCAGCCUUCUCCUCAUCUGCAGAGACGGGCAUGGCAACCACCGUGGCCAUACUGUGCCAUGAAAUACCACAUGAAAUGGGUGACUUUGCGGUGCUACUUAGCUCAGGUCUCUCUGUGCGGAACGCCGUGUUGAUGAACCUCUUCAGCGCACUGACAGCCUUUGUUGGCCUCUACAUCGGGUUGUUCGUCUCCACGGAGACCGAGGUCCAGCAGUGGAUCUUCACUGUCACUGCUGGGAUCUUCCUCUAUCUGUCCCUCGUUGAGAUGCUUCCGGAGAUGAACCGUGUGAAGACCAGCAGGCCUUUUGUCAUGUUCCUCCUGCAGAACCUUGGUCUCCUCAUGGGAUGGGCUUGUCUGCUGCUCCUGGCUCUGUUUGAACAUCAACUCAAGUUCUAAGGACUCAAUCUUUUUCUCUUUCUUUUCUCACAUGCACACAUAUAAAUUGAUGGUACUGGUAGGGUCAAGCUUUUUUACAAUGUUGCCAUCCUUUAUUUGCGUUAUUUUAUUAGGUCAUACUUACAGUAAACAUC